AAAUGAAUAGUUUUGUGCGGGGAAAUGGUGGCCAGCUUACGGGCGCCACCUAACAAAAUCCUCUCACGGACACACCUCCUGGUAGCUACUCACCAGUCACCAGCCCUAUACAAUGCCGCACUGAUCGGGCUUAGCUACCCCGCGCAUCCAGUUUGGCAUAGCCAUUGAUCAAGUCCGAGAGGGCUUAGCUACACGGUGGCAAUUCAGUAAGGUGCGCUAGCUAGCGAUGGCUGGUGGGGGAUUCGCCGUGGGCGACGCCCCGUCCGGCGACUACGGCGGCGGCAUAACCUUCUCCGUCGUGGUUACCUGCCUCAUGGCCGCCUCCGGUGGCCUCAUCUUCGGCUACGACAUCGGCAUCUCAGGGGGAGUGACGGCGAUGGAGUCGUUCCUGGCGGAGUUCUUCCCGGGCGUGCUCCGGCGGAUGGCAGCCGCGCGGCGGGACCAGUACUGCGUCUACGACAGCCACGUGCUGACGGCGUUCACCUCGUCGCUGUACCUGGCGGGACUGGUCGCCUCCCUCGCGGCCAGCCGCGUCACCAGGGCGGUCGGGAGGCAGGCCGUCAUGCUCGCCGGCGGCGCCUUCUUCUUCGCUGGCGCAGCCGUGAACGCCGCCGCGGUGAACAUUGCCAUGCUCAUCGUCGGUCGCAUGCUGCUCGGCUUCGGCAUCGGCUUCACCAACCAGGCGGCGCCGGUGUACCUGGCGGAGACGGCGCCUGCCAAGUGGAGGGGCGCCUUCACGACGGGGUUCCAGCUCUUCCUCGGCAUCGGCAACCUCGCGGCGAACCUGACAAACUACGGCGCGGCCCGCAUCCCGCGGUGGGGGUGGCGACUCUCCCUGGGCCUGGCGGCGGUUCCGGCGACGGUCAUCCUCGUUGGCGCGCUGCUCAUCCCGGACACGCCCAGCAGCCUGCUCAUGCGCGGGCGGGCGGAGCAGGCGCGCGCCGCGCUCCGGCGCAUCCGCGGGCCGAAGGCGGACGUGGAGGCCGAGCUGGAGGACGUGGCGCGCGCGGUGGACGCAGCGCGGGACCACGAGCACGGCGCGUUCCGGAGGAUUUUGAGGAGGGAGUACCGCCCGCACCUGGUGCUGGCCGUGGCGGUGCCGCUGUUCCAGCAGCUGACGGGGGUGAUCGUCAUCGCCUUCUUCUCGCCCGUGCUGUUCCAGACGGCCGGGUUCGGGGCCAACGGCGCGCUGAUGGGCGCCGUCGUCCUCGGCGCCGUCAACCUCGGAUCCGCGCUCGUGUCCGUCGCCACCGUGGACCGCUACGGUCGCAGGCCGCUGUUCCUGGCUGGUGGACUCGUGAUGAUCAUGUGCCAGGUUGCGGUGGCGUGGAUCAUGGGGUCGCAGAUCGGGCGUGACGGCGAGUCGACGAUGGCGAGGAAGUACUCGCUGGCGGUGCUGGCGCUGACGUGCGUGUUCUCGGCGUCGUUCGGGUGGUCGUGGGGCCCGCUGACGUGGGUGAUCCCCGGCGAGAUAUUCCCGGUGGAGGUCCGGUCGGCGGGGCAGAGCAUCAGCGUGGCCGUCAACCUGGGCGCCACCUUCGUGCUCACGCAGACGUUCCUCUCCAUGCUCUGCAGCCUCAAGUACGCCACGUUCAUCUACUACGCGGCAUGGGUCGCCGCCAUGACCGCCUUCGUGGUGGCGUUCCUGCCGGAGACCAAGGGGGUGCCGCUCGAGGCCAUGGGUGCCGUCUGGGCGCGGCACUGGUACUGGGGACGGUUCGUGCAGCCGCCGGCCAAGAACGCCGAGGCGCUCAUAAACUGACCGGCCACGUUUCGCGUGUUUGCCGUCCGUCGACCGUCGUGUUCUUGUGGCGAGGAAGUACACGUACGGCCGUGCGUGUUGUGUUCUUGUGGGAGUAUGGGGAAUGAAAAUUCAGCAUUGCAAUUUGUUUGUGAAAAGAUUGUUUCAUGGCGUUAUACCGAAUUCAAUAACAUGGUCUCCGUAAGAAAA